AGUGAACAAACACAGGAAGAGCUGGGAGUGUUUAAAGAAAGAGUUUAUCAUACAGUAUAAUGAAGAGAAAGACUGAGAGAAAGAGAAAAUGUCUGAUGAGUGUCAUCUGUGUCUGCUGGGACUGAUCUUUCUCUCUUCACUUCUCUCAGGUAUCAGUGGAGUGGAUUAUGAUCAUGUGUUCAUCAGUUCUGGUGAAGAUGUCCGUCUGCCCUGUAAUAAUGCUCUUCAUGACUGUAACUCAACUACAUGGCUCUAUAAUAACAGAUUCAGUCAUUCAGAAGCAGUUGAACUGAUUGGUUUAGGGAAAAAGAAGAAAGACACAGAGAGUCAUGAGAGACUGAGUCUGGGGUCUGACUGCUCUCUGAACAUCAGGAACAUCUCAACAGAAGAUUAUGGAUCUUACAUCUGUCAACAAUGGACUGGUGAGAAGAAAGACCAAAAACAAGAACCUGAUGCUCGUGUUUAUCUGCAUGUUCUUCAUGUCUCAUCCUCACACACUGAGAUCAGUUCAGGUCUCUCUGUGACUCUCUUCUGUCAGCUGUAUUCAUAUCCUCGAGUCUCUUGUGAUGAUUGGAUCCGUUCUGAGAGAAUUCAUCUGUUCUGGGUGAAUCAGACUGGUGUUAAAUCAGACUCCAGAUAUCAGAUAUCAUCCUCAUCAGAUCACUGUAUCAUCUCUCUGAAUAAAACACUCCUGAAUGAAGAUGACAACAGAGAGUGGAGAUGUGAAGUUACUCAGAGAGAUCAAGUCAAGACCUCAGUCACAUACACUGUCAAGAGUUCAGUGUGUCCAUGGAUCCCUUCCUUUGCACCGAGUUCUUCCUCCUCCUGCCAGAGCAGAAAGGUCGUGCUCUCGAGGAACAUAAGAGACAGUUCCUACUGCUAGCUAAUGUCACCAGCUACUAGGAUGACCCACUCUGUACUUUCUAUAACACCAGCCUGAACACAGAGUGCAGAGCAUUGUCAUCCGAAGAUGGUCCUCGGGAGAAAUUCUCUGCCUUUGUGGAAUGGACUCACCACUUACUAUCUGCCCUGAGGAGGAUCGCGCUGGAUCCACUACCGACCCAGAGCCCAGCCCACAAUCACAAAUGACGGAAAGCCAGAGUGUAACCCGUCAGACCAGGUAUGAGAGCCGGCGACAGUGCCACCACGAGAGAGCAAGCCACGGACUGUGUGAGUGCGGAGUGGAGCUCCACCACCUGCAUCACGGCUGAGGGUGAGCAGAAUAUGAAAUGCCAAAAGGGCCAAAAUGAGGAGGUGGAUUUUUUUUUUGGUGUAGGAAUCUGAACUGGAGGACGAACUGCCCCCUCUCCUCUCUUCAACGUCUCCACUGGUCCCUUCCAGCCCUCCUUCAUCUUUGGUUUCCUCGUCCAGCCCUAAGGGGGCUUCCUAUCUUCCAGUGCCUGUUCCCCAGUGAAGCCCAGGAAGCACUCCAGUGUCGGCUCAAGCUCCGGUGCUCACUCCAAUUUCGGCUCCAGUCCCAGAGCUCUCUCCAGUGUCGCCUCCAGCCCCAGAGAUUACUCCAGUGCUUGUUCCUAUAAAGAAUCCUCCAAAAUGCCUGCCCUCCCACCUGCUCCUGUCUCCCUCACCUCCGCCUCCAGCCCUCCUCCGUCCUUGGUUUCCUCGUCCAGCCCUGAGGGGGCUUUCUAUUCUCCAGUGCCUGUUCUCCAGUUCCCCUCCACCACUGUCGUCUAGCAGCCCCUCUUCUAGCCCACCAUCUUUGCGGUGCAAGCUUUGCGAGACUGCCAUCCUCCAGGGCCGCUAUGGUGGAGUUUCCUUCACCUCCGCCUCCAGCCUCCGAGGCCUGGAUUCUGCCUCGGGCCAUUGACCUCUUGGCUCUACCAUAGCUUCUAUCUCCCUCCUCUCCGCCGUGGCCCAGCAGUCCACAAGCUCCACCCGACUCCCCACGACCAUCCUACACCUCGGGGUCUCCACUCCUCUGGCUUCGCCUAAUCCCUCUGCCCCUCCUGCUCCAUCAGGCUCCUUCAUCCCCUCAGCUCCACCUCAGUCCUCUUUCACUCUGGCUCCAAAUCUUCAUCUUUAGAUGUUCCUUACACCUGUUACCCCAAUUAUCCUGUUUUUAUAAGCGUUUUCCUUUUUUAGAUCAGUUUUGUCGGGUCUACAAACCACAUACGUGUGUCUUCUUCAGUGUUCCAUGUUGGAUAUAUACCCUGUGUUGGAUUAAUAAAUUCUUCUUUCUCUUA